GUCUUCGUUUCCUCAACUGUAAAACCCAUUCCUAAUUGGAGUUGAACACCCCCUUCUAUUUAAACACUAUUCUGCAACUUUUCAACCUCACUUCCACUUCAACCUUCCCAAACAAUCAAGCUUACCAGUCUUGUUUGUGCAAUAGUGGCCAUGGGCGGUAAGGUUGUAAGGAAUCAGCUAUGGGGUCUGCUUGUUGCGGUGCUUGCAUUUUGGUGCUGCAGCGCCCAGCAACAACCCCAAGUUCCUUGCUACUUCAUUUUUGGCGACUCUUUGGUCGAUAAUGGCAAUAACAAUCGCCUUUCUUCUCUGGCUCGCGCCAAUUACCUCCCUUAUGGCAUCGACUUUCCCCAAGGCACUACUGGAAGAUUCUCCAAUGGCAAAACCACCGUCGAUGUCAUUGCGGAGUUAUUGGGAUUCAAUACCUACAUUCCUCCCUAUUCCAACACCAGAGGCCGAGACAUACUUAGAGGAGUGAACUACGCGUCUGCAGCGGCUGGAAUCAGAGAGGAAACUGGCCAGCAGUUGGGGGCUCGGAUAAGCUUCAGUGGGCAAGUGAGAAAUCACCAAAACACUGUUGGACAGAUAGUCAACAUUCUUGGUGAUCAAAAUGCGGCUGCUGAUUACUUGAAGAAAUGUAUAUAUUCUGUUGGAUUGGGUAGCAAUGAUUACCUUAACAACUAUUUCAUGCCUCAAAUCUACUCGUCGAGUCGUCAAUAUACGCCCGAUCAAUACGCUCAAAUCCUCAUUCAACAGUAUACUCAACAAUUAUCGAUAAUGUACAACAAUGGGGCAAGGAAGUUUGUGCUAUUUGGAGUUGGCCAAAUUGGGUGCAGUCCAAAUGCACUGGCGAAUAGCCCUGAUGGGAGAACCUGUAACCAAAGGUACAACUUUGCGAAUCAGUUGUUCAACAACAGGCUGAAAGGGCUUGUGGAUCAACUCAAUAGAGACCAGCCUGAUGCGAGAUUCAUCUACAUUGAUUCUUAUGGGAUUUUCCAAGAUAUCAUAAACAGCCCUUCAUCUUUUGGGUUUAGUGUUACAAAUGCUGGGUGCUGUGGGAUUGGGAGGAACAAUGGCCAAAUAACAUGUUUGCCUUUCCAAACCCCAUGUCCUAACAGAAAAGAUCAUCUAUUUUGGGAUGCCUUUCAUCCAACUGAGGCUGGAAACACCAUUGUUGGAAGAAGAGCUUACAGCGCUCAACGUCCCUCCGACGCCUACCCAAUCGACAUUCGUCGCCUCGCUCAACUCUAGUUUAAAUCCAACCGAUCGGACUUAUUGAGUUUAUGCAUAAGUUGUUGGAAGAGUUCUAAUUUCCCUUUAUUUGUUUACGUUUUGGUGGUGUGUGCCAUUCUUCUCAAGAACAUGGCAUGCUUGCUCUCAAUUUAUGGCUCGUGUUUGUGUUAGACGUUUGAGAUUUAACUAAAUCUCUCACGAUGUACCCUAAAGCAAAUCAAUCAAAUCAAUCAAUGAAAACCUAAUAUGUUAGAAACGAUCAGUU